CUUUCACAUCCCUCCCUGCUCCUGGUCGAGCCAACAGGGAAUUCACUUCAAGACGCAGUUGGAUCUGUGAACAUGAACAUCCUGCACGUCCUGGGACUCCUGCAGCUUCUGGCUGUACCUGCUUUUACACUGACGCGGCCAACCCAUGACUACUGGGGCGAGUUCGGAGCCUACGGGCCCUGCAGCAGAACCUGUGGAACAGGGGUGGCAAUGAGAACCAGGAAAUGUAUUACCUCAAGGACAGACGGAGGACAUAACUGCAUAGGAUCCUCCAAGUCCUUCAGAACCUGUAACACACAAGACUGCCCGGUCGGAUCGAGGGAUUUCAGAGAGGAGCAGUGCUCCCAGUUUGACAGAACGGACUUCCAGUCCAAACGCCACUCAUGGGUGCCUUACUAUGGAGCAUCCAAUCCAUGUGAACUGAACUGUGUCCCAAGAGGAGAAAACUUCUUCUACAGACACAAGCCAGCGGUGGUUGAUGGGACGCCGUGCUACGUGGGCCGCACUGACAUCUGUGUGGACGGCGUCUGCAGGGUACUGACCCAUGGAGAGUUCAUGGGCUUGGAUGACGACACCAACUCUGUUCACUCCGUUGGUCCUGUUGUUGUCGCCGCUCAUCCCAGUACGACGCUCACAUACAUUUACAAAACGGGCGUGUACGGGGAGUGCUCGGCCAGCUGCAACGGAGGCAUGCAGUACCGCAGCGUGGAUUGCUGGGCUCAGGACCCGUCCAACCCCCGUGUGGUGGAGGAGACCAACUGCAUCACCCAGCGCCUGCAGAGGCCAGCCAGUCAGCAGGCCUGCAACAUGCAUCCGUGUGCUGCAGAGUACAGCGUGUCAAGCUUCAGCGUGUGUUCAGUGACCUGUGGCGAGGGACAGCAGACGAGAGAGGUUCACUGCGUGGGACAAGGAGGCCAGCGUCUAGCUGACCAUGCCUGCAGCGGACUGGCCAAACCUGCGUCCGUCCAGGCCUGCCGCCGGCCCGCCUGCCACACACACAUCACCUGGCAUGUGACGGAGUACGGACUGUGCACCAGGAGCUGCGGCGGCGGCGUGAGAGAGAGGAGGGUGAACUGUUUCGACACAGAUUUGAACCCGUACCCGGAGUCUCGGUGCGGAUCGGCUAGCAGGCCCGUUUCUGUGGAGACGUGCAACUCACAGGCCUGCCCUGGAGUGCAAACCGUCCCAAGUGUGCAGGACCCGAGGGUGGUGGAAAGCACCGUGAGAGGAUUCGUGCCCUAUGUUCCAGAGUAUUCAGCUCAAAGGCCAGACACGAGCACGGUGUACGAGUCCUACCCUCGUGUGGUGGGUCCUCACUGUGAGCAGUCUUUGUACGGCUGCUGCCCCGACGGCCACACCUCCGCCAGCGGAGCCGGGCACCAGGGCUGCUCACCAGACGACUGUGUUCGCAGCAGGUUUGGUUGCUGUUUGGAUGGAGUGACGCCAGCUCGAGGAUUUGGACGGGCUGGAUGUCCUGAGUACCAGACAGCUGUGCAGGUCCCAUCUGCCCCCGUUGCCUCCCCCUCUGGUACCGUGUGCGCUCUGCCUCGUGACGAGGGCCCCUGUGACACCUGGAAGGUCCGGUUCUACUACGACUCUGGUGCUGCCAAAUGCACCGAGUUCUGGUUCGGAGGCUGCCAGGGCAACGGCAACAACUUCAUGUCGCUGGAGGCGUGCCGAAGGGAGUGUGCAGGUGGGAUGAGCGAGCCGGCAGCCGCACCUCGCAGAGACCCCCCAAGGAGAGGGCCCUUCAGGAGUAUCCUGAGAGCGAGAGCAUAACCAUGAUUACCAUCAAUACCUCCAAUAAACGGGAUCGCUCAUGUACCCCUGUAUGAAACAAAACACAUGAUAUUUGUACACAAGUGUAGUAUAUAUAUGAAGAUAUAUGAAGAUGCAAACAAUCGUGCAUUGUAACACCAACCAUAUAAACGUCAGACUUUAAGGUAAACUGUACCUAAUAACCAUUAUAACACACAUAAUCACAGCUAUUGGAUCUGAUUUUACCAUCGUUUUGAUCUUUGGAAUUUUCUUUGUGAUGAUCAAAAUAUUCAUUUGUGUGUUUUGCCUCAUGGGCCGGAACCAAAAUAAAACCGUGUGAUUACCCAACUUAAGUCAUAGAUCGAAUAAAGACUUUUUCAGCUUUCUGGUAACCUUGGAA